CCCAGCCCCGACCCGGCGCCUGUUUGCCCCACCGGCGGCGACCCGGCGCCCGGGGACUGCCGAGGCGGGGAGCCGAGAGCGAGCGGGCGGGAGGCAGCGGAGCGGAGCGGAGGCUGCGAGCUCUGUGCGCCCCGGCCCGGCCCGGCCUGCCGCGCGCCCCCUCCCCUCCCCUCCCUUCCCCUCGCCGCGCCUCCUCCCCUCGCCUCUUCUCGCCUCCUCUCCUCUCCUCAGCCCGGCGCCGCUCCCGCCUGCGCCCCGGCCGCCGAACCCAGCCCGGCCGGGCCCCCGGCUUCGCGCGCUCUCGGCUGGGCCCGGCGGGGACUGGGUCCCCGCGGCGGACACCGCCCCUCCCCAGGGACCCGGCGGAUUCCGGACCUUUCGGAACGUUAACCGAGCCGUGGGAGCGAUCGCGCCCAGGGCCGACCGCGGGGCUGGGCUGAGCGGACCCUCGCAGCCGCUCUGGACGCCGGGGGUGCCGGGGCGCAGACGUUCUGGGUCCGGGCUGAGCGCGUCCCGGGCGCCCGGCGGUGCCAGCUCACUCCGGGCCGGGUAGGGCAGGGCAGACCCCAGCGGAACCCGGACCCGGCCGAUCUGGACUGGACAGAGCGAAUCCCGGACGGAGCCGAGCCCGGGGAAUGCCGGGCGUGGGCUGAGGGGAUCCCGGCGCCCUCCCAGCCCUCCGACUUUGGCUCACGCGCUGGGACCGGCCCGGCAUCUCCUCGGCCUCCCCGCGCCCCGGUCACCUGUGGCCUCGGAGCCCGGAAUCCGCCGGACCCUCGCUCGUUCCCGACCCCGAGCCUGGAGAGGCUUGAGAAAGGUUUUUCCUGCCCCCUUCCCUGGAGCGCGGAGGCCCCGCCCCCUCCCACCGCCCAGAUGUCUCCGGCCACUGCUCGGAGGACCUCCCUGAGGCCAGGGGCCGAAGGGUCCAGAGAGAGAAGCCCGCCCUAGGGAGCCUUGGGGGGCCCCCAACCCCGUUUUGGGGCUUGGCCCCCGACGCUGCUUGGAGGGAAGGCCGGUGCCCCCACCCUCGGGGGCUGCCCUCUUCCAAUCCAGCUCCCUCCCCAGAGCUGCCCAUAACUGGAGCCCCCUCCACAUCUGGAAGACCCUGGCCACCAUCCCUCUGCAGGUGUCAGUUGCAUCCAGAGACCUCUGCCUUUGCAACUGCCUAGGAGUUGUGAGGGGAUCCCUUCUGCCUUCCCCCAUCCCAAGGGCAUCUCCUACCCUUAGUCCCUGCAGAGUCAUCCCCCUGCCUCUUUGUUCAAGCUCAGGCAGAAAUCAGCUCUGCACACCCACAGGCACUUCAAGUCCUGGAGGCCACUCCUGGGACCCAAGGUCCCUCCCCCUGCCCUCCUGUGUCCUCACCUUGACCCCCUCUGCCAGACUCUGUCUCCCUCUGGGUGUCCCACUCCCCACCCAGAGGCAGAGGAGGCGGGGUGGCAGGGGGCAGGGGCUGGUUGAGGGCCGCCCAGGGCCAGGGUGGGCUGGGGGGCCGUUAAGAUGUGGAGCUCUGCCCAGCCGACGACGGGGGCUCCGUGGAGGCAGACACAGCGUGUGCCCAGCUGGGGGGAGUAUGGGCAGGCCUGCGGCCACGUGGUAAACGAUGAACAUUCGGGGGGCCCCGGACCUCGGGCAGCCCAGUGACGACCCCAGCAGUGGUGGUGAGCGGGAGCGGAUUCGACAGCGCAUGAAGAUGGUCAUCGGGCAGCUUGAGGGCAUCCUUCGAGAGCUCAAGGAGGUGGCCAAGGAGCUGAGGGAGGUGGUGAGCCAGAUCGAUAAGCUAACCUCAGACUUCGACUUUGAACUGGAGCCGGACGACUGGACCACGGCCACUGUGAGCAGCACCUCUAGCAGUGACAAGGCGGGCGUGGGCGGCCCCUUUGACCUGGGCCACCUGGACUUCAUGACAGCCGAUAUCCUCUCAGACAGCUGGGAGUUCUGCUCCUUCCUGGACGUCUCAACCCCCUCGGACUCCGUGGACGGUCCUGAGUCAACUCGGCCAGGGGCUGGCCCUGACUACCGCCUCAUGAAUGGUGGCACGCCCAUCCCUAAUGGGCCACGAGUGGAGACCCCAGACUCCUCCAGCGAGGAGGCCUUCGGCGCUGGCCCCACAGUGAAGAGCCAGCUGCCCCAGCGGACCCCAGGGACGCGGGAGAGGGUGCGGUUCAGUGACAAAGUGCUCUACCAUGCUCUGUGCUGUGACGAUGAGGAGGGGGACGGUGAGCAGGAGGCCGAGGAGGAGGAGGUGGGCUUGCCCCCCGAGCCUGUCCAUACAGAGGCCCACGCAGGCCCCCACAAGCCCUCCCCAGCCCCCUACAAGUCACGGCGCUCUCCACUGACCAGCCACCGCUCAGGCUCUGCCUUGGCCCCCGAACAGACUCGAAGGGUCACAAGGAACAGCAGCACCCAGACAGUGUCAGACAAGAGCACGCAGACGGUGCUGCCCUACACAGCCACUAGACAGAAAGCCAGGGGGAAAAACUAGGGGCUGGGGAGGGGGCCGGGGGCGGUGGACACAUAGAGCUAUAAAUAUAUAUAUAUAUAUAUAUUUAAACAAAUGAAGUCAUAAUAAAAUUUAAAAACACUAAGGAUCCGGCCCCACAGGCCCCAGAGCUUUCACAGAGCUCCUCUUAGACACGAAGAUGCCCACUGGCCUCCUAGGUCCCAGGAAGUGUGGCCAGGACUGCCCUUCCUCCCUCCCUCCCUUCUCAUUGCAGGGCUCCUGAAGGGGGUGUCUGAAAGUAUGUAAAUCUGACGGGAGGUCUGGCCCUCCCCUUGCUAGCUCCUGAACUCCGUGGAGGAGUCUGGCUGCUGGCCAGGGCCGUGUGCUGGAGUGGACUCCCCGGCAGGAGUCGGGCUCUAAAGGGAGUGGUGUCCCUUUAGGCCAGGGCUCACAGUCAGACUGGUUUGGAGACUGAGGACUUGGGGCCUGGGGGUGGCAUCACUCUGGCUAGACCCUGCAUCACUUGCACCCACCCUCCUUCUACUCCAAGGCAGAUUUACCUGGGUAUACACAGCCCUGCCUCACCCCCUUCCAUCUUAGGGUUGCCUGGGACAUAGGGGCAUGGCAAGCUGGCCUCCAUGCUGGGCCACUGGGCAUCCACAGAGCCUGGAGGAUCACCUGGGCUGGGCAGGGGUUUGUUUGGAGGGUCUGGACCCCUCCCGAUCCUUUCAGCUCCCAUUCUCAGCCUGGUCCUGAGACCAAGACCAAAGACUCAGGGCAAAGCCUCAGCCAGCGUGGCCCUAAGCAGACCGGAGUUCUGUGUGAGGAAGUAGGCAGCCACUUCCAUAGGGCUACAAAUUAGGGCCAUAGACAGGCUCCUGGCCGCCUCCAGCAGGUGGGCAUUCUCGGAAAGGAGGCCAGUGGUCCCACUCUGUGCCCACCUCUCCAGCCCCAGCUCCCGAGCCCCCCUCAGCAGAUCCUGAACAAAGACGAGGUUACAGCCUAGGGGCCUCAGGGCUUCAUCUGGGGCAUGGCUGGCACAGCGACAGCAUCUGAGUAUCUUUGGGGAUAAUAAUCACAAUUAUAUUGCUCACA